UGCUAGGGCAUCGAUUUUAGAUUCGAUUCGGUGCCGCGUUGGCAAGCGAUGUUCCUGAAACGGAAAUGCCGCAAGAGAAACGCCAUCCGUCGGAGUCCAGGAGGCAGCGUGGCCUCCAGACGUUGGUCAUCUUUCGACGCAGCCUCAUCUAUCAGACCAAGGAAUUCUUCCAGAACUCAACGCUCCAUGGCGUACGCUAUAUUGCCGAAACGGGACGACCCAUCGGUGAGAAGUUUAUGUGGUUCUGUUUCACAUCGAUUGGUGCCGUCACCGCUUUGGUCAUCAUUAUGAGCCUCUGGGAGAAGUUCCAGACCAAUCCGACUAUUACCGGUCUGGACACGGACUUUCACAACCAGAAUGUGGUCUUCCCAACAACCGUCGUUUGUCCGGAGGCUGCCUUUGACCACGAUAAGACCUAUGAGAAGGUCUACAAAACGCUGGCUAACUACGACGAGACGCAGGCUCAAAUGUACACGCCGUUCAUGCGGCUGCUGACAUCCUUGAACUUCGAGAGCAUUCGGGAUGCCAAGGUACUGUCGCAGUCGAUACCGCAGAAUCUGCUGGAUGAACACACCAUCCGGGAAUGGGCCUUCGAGGGACACAUCAGCUGCGAGAGCACAUUUGUGUCGUGCAAGUAUCGCGACGAGGAGAUACCCUGUUGCGAACACUUUGAGCCCAUUUACACAGAGCAUGGCUUCUGCUAUGCUUUCAAUAGCCGAUUCAAGUCCACGCCCACUGAAGAUAUAAAGACCGGGGCACCUCAUGAUCUCUACGAAACGGACAAGAAGUGGGCGCUCUUCUUUAUUCCAAACAGCACUUCGAGUAUCUUCAUUUUCUCCAAUGAGGAAUAUUUCGGAGCAGAUUUCAAUGCACAUAUCGAUUGGUCAGAUCCACAGUUGGUGGAAGUGAGGAUAUCGAAGAAGAAUACCUAUACGACGGACGAUGCUCGACAGCUGUCGAUUGGCCAAAGGAAGUGCAUCUUCAGCGACGAGGUGAAACUCAACUACUUUCCAGAUGCCUAUACCUUCUCCUCCUGCAUGAAACAGUGUCGAAUGAACAAGGCCAUAAAGCUAUGCAAAUGCAAUCCGCCAUUCUACAAGCCAAUACCUAAUGUACCCAUGUGCAGUGUAAAAGAUUUCGAUUGCCUCGAUGAGUUUAAGUCGAACAUCACCAACAUCAAGGACUGCCUGCAGUGCGAGCUCAGCUGUUCGAAAACAGUUUUCAACAUUGAUAAGCUGAUCAAACUGUCCGAUAAAGCUGAUACCUCAGGUGUGCUGGUGGAGUUCCUCACCUGGCCCAUUAUCCGCUACAAACGUGAGGUACUUUUCGGCUGGGUGGAUCUGCUGGUGUCCUUUGGCGGUAUUGCCAGUCUUUUCCUUGGCUUUUCUUUGCUUUCCGGUGUGGAGAUAAUCUAUUACUUUACCCUGCGUGCCUGCUGCAUGGUCUAUAAAAAUCGACAAGAACUCUAUGAAAUCGAGGAGAAAAUUCGUCGGGAGCCACCACCUAAAAUAGAUCUACAACUCUCUUUGAUGUCCCAUUCAAAGGUUAAGGAUAUGCCCACUUCGGCUGUGGUGAGGGUAAAACCAGCAGAGGACACUCUGGGGGGAUCAAAUCCCUUGGGCAGUUAUCAAAGAAGGCAUGAUAAGGUUAGUCUGCGGGCGAAACUAACUUCCUUAGAAGAAGAUAUAUUUCUGAAAUGUUUCCUUUUCAGGACUAUACUAACUACACAAAUAACUAUUAUAAAACACCCAAGGUCCUGCAAGGCUAUGGACACACAGAUACUACGAAAACUCCCUGGACAACUUAUGAUCACUCGCAAUAUAUGCCUUAAAGUUAAGACAGUAAAUUCUUUUAUUAAUAAUAUCUUAAUAUAUUUAACUAUCAAAAUAUUUUUUUUAAAUCAAAGAAGAGCAUGAAAAAUAUCUAAUUAGCAUGUAAAAUCAAGACAAAAUCGACCUAAAAACAAUUCUAAUAAACUAAAAUAUAACUAAUCCGGAAGAAACUAAUAUAUUAAUAUCCAAAAACCCGUUAAAUCAAUUAUUUUAUAAUGCUAACUCUCAAGAAAGAUAAACUUGCACCAGCUGCUGCGAAAUAGCCUCUUGCCUUAAAGUUUACUUAUAUAUUUUUUUUUGAAAAUAAUAUCUUUAUAUUGUAUUACUCAGAUAUAUAUAAUAUAUAUGUGCACCAGCAAUAAAGAAAUAUCCGCUAGUGAAAUACUUUCGACUGCCGCUGGAAUGUUUCGAUGGGUUUUGCUCCCAAUUAAACUUCAGUUCUGUGCUGCAUACUUAGCGGCGCCACGGCGGGUUCACUGCACCAUACUGGCUGGUGGUUGGUAAAAAAGGUAGGCGAAGGGUAUGGUAAACUAACCGCCGAGCCACCCGCAAAGCUCCCAUCUUCAGUUCCAACUGCAUCUGUGGCUCCCAACCCCGAAAACCCAAACCCACUGCCAAAUCCCCGGCAUUCAGCCACAGCUCAGCAAAGGCGAAAAGCAUUUUUCAGUUAACAUCGUUGCUGGCUCAUUGUUAAUUCCCGAUAGUGUUGGCUAGUAAUGGCCAUUAAAAUGGCUAAAUGUAUGUUUUUAAUUUACAAAUGAAAUUUUGCCUAUUUUCAUGAGAAUUAUAUAGGGAAAAAGGUUUGUGGGUAUGCAUUUUUAAGUUUUUGGUAAACUUUAAUAAAGAAAGUUAAUAAAAAAUGAUCAAAAAUUAUGGCUUGAACUUAAAGGAAGGGAUUUACUA